CCUUUUUCUCCUUCUUCCCAUAGCAUCUCCUUGUCUUUUUCUCCUCAAUCAUUCAUCACAAACAAGCAUUCAUACUAUAUUAUAUUACAUAACAUGGGUGGCCUUUUGAUUGUCUUUGUCUUUGCCGUCGUUGUUGCCUUGUCGUCUGCAUCCUAUCUUUUUACUCCACGCGGACCAAACCAAACGGUUAUUCGCACUGCGUUGAUCAUGACAUUGGUCUCCUGUUUCCUGAUGUGGUCCAUUACAUAUCUGGCACAGUUACAUCCUCUCAUGAGACCAAGACACAGCAAGAUUAGACCCCACAACCCAACGGAACAUGUCACCUUUUAAAGGAUUGAACUGGGAUAGAAGUUACCAACUCUUUUUUUUUUUAUUGAACAGAGACAAUUGGAUCAAAAUGCGAGAGUAGACUAUCUAUUUAAGCAGGACAAAUUACUUCGGAAGACCUCAUCCAUGACAGGGGGGUUUUUUUUUACGCGUUCUUUUGAUUCCGUGAUGACUUCAAGCAACUUUUCAUAUUACAUCGAUUCCGCAUAUUAUCCACGCCAUUAUAUAUCUCUCUUUCGCCCUUGAUUGUAC